AUGUAUUUAUGCAAUAAACUGCGAAUGAGCAGACUGGGACUUGAUGACAUAUUCCGUGAGAUGCGUGAUAUGGUUUUGAUCCGGCCGUAUAAUAUUAUAAUCCAGUCACAAGUUGAAAUAUUACAAUUGUUGUCAAUUCGAAACGCUUCGAUUAUUCAAGAAAUGUACUUGCUUGAUAUGGCAUUAAACCUCAGAGCCAGAAAAGCAAAGGCGGCGAGAAGACCGCAGCUGAGCAGAGACAUGAAACCGGGUAUCAUCAUCGAAAAUGUUGCACAGACCAGAAGACGACUGGCCGAGACCACGUUGCUGGCUACAGCCUCAUUAGCGCCCGGAAGUUCAUCCAUCAUUGACGAAGGGCCAACCAACACCGGAAGCGGAAGUCAGGACGACGAAGAAGAGGGCGGAUCACCCGGCUCGGAUGACUGUCACAUCAUACAUAACGACAAAUCUACAGACUUUAUCCUGUCCACGGUCAUGGAGGAAACUGCGAUGGUGGCGACGUUGGCCACGCCAUCCAACCUAACUGCCGACCCAAACGGAAACUUGGGUUCCAGACCACAGGAUAUCGAUCUUGUAACAAGGGUCUUGAACCCUAACCAAACAGUCAGCUCCAUUAGCGACAAGAUCGGUGAUAAGAUACCAGGAAAACGCAGAGAUUCCUCGGCAGCGUCGUCACCAAUCACGAUGACCACGGCGUCGGCGACGAUAUUGACGACCACGGUCACGGUAACGGCUGCUGCGGCUACCCCGACGGCUGUACCGCAGCCGUUAGACCGAUCAAGUCGAACGACACAGUCGCUGGUGAAACGUUCGCUGUCGUCGAUGCUCCGGAACGGUUCCGAAGAGGAUGGUUCGAGGUGUUCGAAAAAAGACUAUAAGACGACCACAGAAGGAAGCAGUCGCUUCACCAUAUACAAGGUGAACAAGGCAAGCCGGAAGAAACGGGAAAAGUCUUCGGCGAGAAAAGAGAGAAAAGCCACGAAAACAUUGGCGAUUGUCUUGGGUGUGUUCCUGUUCUGUUGGGUGCCGUUCUUCACGUGCAACAUACUGGACGCGAUCUGCCACAAACUGGACAAGGAAUGUUCACCCGGCGUCCGGAUGUUCAUACUGACCACGUGGCUGGGCUACAUGAACAGCUUCGUCAACCCCGUGAUCUACACGAUAUUCAACCCGGAGUUCCGGAAGGCGUUCAAAAAACUCAUGCGGAUAGGCACUUGA